AUGGCAGAUAAGUAUGGACCAAUCUUUUGCUUUCAUAUUGGCCUGCGCAAAACUUCGGUGGUUAGCAGCUGGGAAGUAGCAAAAGAAUGUUUCACUACCAUGGACAAAGCAUUUGCCACUCAACCCAGAUCCUUGGCAGGAAAGCUCAUGGGCUAUGACCAUUCCAUGUUUGGCUUCUCUCCUUGCAGGGCAUACUGCCAUGAUGUAAGGAACCUGGCCUCGAUUGUGUUGGAUUGUGAAGUUGAGCUCUUCUCAAGCCACCAGCUUGAGUUACUCAAUCAUGUCCGGGACUCAGAAGUCCAGCUUUUCAUCAAAGAGCUCUACGGGCAAUGGAUACAAAAUGGGGAUAGACCUCUCUUGGUCGAGAUGAAGGAGAAGUGUUGGCACCUGGCAGCAAAUGUAGUGGUGAGCGCAGUAGCUGGGAAACGGUAUUUUGGCGCUGUUACAAAUGACUAUGAGCCAAGACAGUGCCGCAAGGCCCUUGGCGAUUUCUUAUAUCUCUUGGGGAUAUUUAUGGUUUCUGAUGCAAUCCCCUUCCUUGGCUGGUUGGACACAGUGAGAGGAUAUACGGCAAAAAUGAAGAGAACAGCUAGGGAGGUGGAUCAGGUGCUGGGAAGCUGGGUGGAGGAGCACGGCUGGAAAAGGGUCUUUGGAAGUAUGAACAAGGCUCAUCAGGACUUUCAGUGCAUUUGA